UAGUCAAUAGACAGAUAAAGAAAAUACUGCACACUACUAGAAUACUAGAUUGUAACUAGAUCUAGACUAGAUCUAGAGUCUAGAUUUACACUUGAAGUUCUAAUAAAUUCAACUUUGAUUAGUCUGGUGGUUUUUGUAGUCUUCCUCUAAUUAUUACGAUCUAGAUUUAUUCUAUAUCUAGACUAUGUAAUAUAUUGUAGAUAAGUCUAGAAUACUAGAUAAAUCAUGAUUAAUCAAUCAUUCAGAUCUUCUACUCACUUCUAGUGUUACAGUUCUACUACGCCUCCUAACUCCUAGUCCUGGCCAGGCCUUUUUAAGUUUAACGAACGGCUAAGCAUGUCUGAUUCUAAUUGUUCAAAUUCGCAAAUAAAUAUUGAAGAAAAUAAUGAAAAUGGAACUUUUAUGAAAAAUGUAAACAUGCAAUAUGAUCAUCAAUUUUUAGAUCUAGAUCUAAGCUGUAGAUCUAGUCAGUUAACCCAAAGUCAAAGUGAUUUUGAUUCAAUAGCAAUUAAUAGAUCUAGAUCUAAUAAUGAGAAUGUAAACUCUCAAGAGAAUCAUUCACAGUCACAGAUUGAGAUAGGCCUACCACAUGGUUCUAAUCAGUCUAGUGUGCCCAUGAAUUUGGAUUGCAACAACACUAAAACUGGGACGUCAGUAUUGUCAGAUGUAGCAGAUUAUGAUUUUGAUGGGCAAUCACAGAAUCAUGAGAAUCUUAUCACCAACACUAAGCCCAACUUCUUACACGAGAAAAAAACAUGUAGUAAUAAUUCUGAUUCCUUAUGUUUGAAUAUGGAUUCAGAGUUAUAUUCUGAUGAAACAGUAUCUUCACCUACUGUUGUAAAUAAAUCACCUAAACUUCCAGCUGACCAUGUUUUGUCACACCAAAUGAAUAAUCAGACAUCAUUUUCUGAGCAUUCAGUGUCACAAUUAAUGGACGCUCAAGAGCCAGUUGACAUGCCUUCUACACAUUAUUUGGACACUGAUCAAAGAAUGAACAUUGUACAUCAAAAUAUAGAUAUUAACCAUGAAGUUAGUUUACUGGCACCAUCAGAGGUAGAUCUAAAAGCAAAAAUUGAUGUAGUAUGCUUUUCUAAUGUUCAACAAAAUAAUAUCAACACAACAGUCACUCAGCCAGAUGAAAUUUUUCAACCUCAAAAUGGAAGUGAUAUGGAAAUGUGGGAGUCUGAGCCUUAUAAUAUGAACUAUUUCACUCAAGUGCAUGAUAAAUAUAAAUUGACAAUAGACUCAGUGCCAACAUUUUAUACAUCUGCUUACCAAGAGUUUCAGAGCAAAAGUGAAGAUAACUUCUUGCGAGGAUGCAAAUGGUCUCCUGAUGGUAGCUGUAUCAUGACAAACAGCAAUGAUAACUGUAUUAGAAUCUUUAAACCAUUAGCAACACAAGAUUUGGACAAAGCUGGAAACAAUGAUCUAACCAGCAAUGUUAAGGUCCAAGAAAGUGGCCAGAUUUAUGACUUUGCUUGGUUUCCUGGAAUGACUUCAUUUCAACCAGAGCUUUGUAGAGUUGUCACCACUUGUUCAGGUAUUCCUAUUCAUAUGUGGGACUCAGAAACAGGUAAAAUAGUUGCCAACUACAGAGCUUAUGAUCAGUAUGAUGAAGUCACGGCAGCUUACAGUUUAUCUUUCUCCUGUGACGGCAGUAAAAUAUAUGCUGGCUACAACAAGGCCAUCAGGAUAUUUGACACAGAGUACCCAGUGAAAUCCUGUAAACUUGUAAAGACAACUAAUACCAAAACAAAAGAUGGCCAGACUGGAAUAAUUUCUUGCUUUGCCCACAGUCCUGAUGGCAGUGGUUUGUAUGUGGCAGGCUCUUACAGCAGACAUGUUGGCAUCUAUGAUUCCUCCUGUGAUAAGUUGGUCUGCUUGAUCCAAGGGCAGCAAGGAGGAGUAACUCAUGUUUUGUUUUCUCCAGACGGUACCAAAAUUUAUAGUGGAGGCAGAAAGGAUGCUGAGAUAUUGUGCUGGGAUACAAGAAAUCUAGGUCACAUUUUAUUCUCUGCACUUAGAGAUGUGAAAACCAAUCAACGCAUGUAUUUUGAUGUGUCUCAAUCAGGACAGUUUCUUAUGUCUGGCAAUAAUGACGGGACUGUGAUGUUCUGGAACACUCUUCAUGAGUGCCAAGAGUUUAAUGGUGAUAUGUUUUUGAAACCUUGCUCUCAGUUUUAUGCUCACUUUGACUGUGUCAAUGGUAUCAGCUAUAAUCACCAAAACCACAUGAUCGCCACUGCAUCAGGACAGCGUCACUUUCAGAAUUUUGAUGAGACAGACAGCGAGGAGGAAACUGGAAAGCACAGUGUUGUGAAAAAGAAGAAUCCAUGGGACUUUUCUCUAAAACUUUGGAAGAUUCCAUUUGAAGAGGAGGUAGAGAGUAGCUCAUCUAAUAGGUAGCCCAAUUGUAGCCUCUUGAUUGUUAACAUUAGUUUUUAUCCUCAACUUUUGUGCAGUUCUUUUCAACUUCGCACCUUUUUUUUUUUAUUAGACUGAAUAAAUUACCGUUUAUAUAUAUUUUUUUAAUUAUCUUUAAAGGAAUCUGAGUAAUAUCAUGGGUUUCUGAAAUACUAUUACUCCAAAAGUGUUGUUGUUUUUUUCUUUUAGAAAAGACAAAAUUGUACUGAAAUAAAAAUGCAUGCUUCAUUGCAUUUAUAGGACUAAUUCAAUAACAAUUUAACUGAAUAGUUGUUUGACACAUGUCAGUGUUUCACUUGAAAAUGAAAUAAAUGUACAUUAGUAUUUUUUUAGCUGCCCCCAAAAGGGGAAAAGAUGCUAUUAGUUUUGUGUGGUCUGUUUGUCCGUCCUGUUUACAUCUCAUACACUAGAAAAGAUAGUGAAAAUCUGACUGAUGCAACGGCUACUUUUUUCUUUCCUGAAAGCGAAAAAUCUAAUUUUUAAAAGUAACAAUGCAAGCAGUUUUUUCAUAGAAAUACCCCAUUUUUACAACUAUUCACUAUUAAUAGUAACAAACACAGGAGGCUAUUUAGUAAGGGAGUUGACUAUUUACAAUAUAUAUUUUUAACACAUUUAUGCCAACGGUUUUAGAUUUUUUGCAUAAAAAAUUAUUUUUUUUACAAUUGUAUUGGUAAGUUAAGUAAGUUCUGUCAUUUACAAAAAAAAUGUUUAUUUUUUUUAAAAGAGAAAAAUCUAUUUAGUAUGCAUAUAAGUGAAACAUAAUUUAAAACAAAAAUUAAUAAGUAGUUUUUCAUAUUAUUGCGUGAACUGCAGUGCUGCACCAUUGCCAUGGAACACUGAACUAAAGGAUUUGUUUUUUUUUUGGGAAAUGUUGUUUUUUUUUUCUUGAGGCUUUGAACAAGAGAUUGAACCUUUACAAAACAAUUAGAUAAUCAUUAUAUGACAUCAGUUAGGCCAGGUUCACAUCUAACUUCACGUUCACUUUCACCUAUCCCUUGGUCUGCUGGACCUUUGGAGUACCACACAGGAUCUGUCAACCUUCUUUCUCCAUUCUUCUCUGUCAUUUGCCUUUGAUAGAAUUUCAUUCUGAUAUUUUUUCUGAAAAUAUUGAAACCUGCCUUUAUACCUGCCUGGGUUGACCACUUCGGGGGCUGAUUUUGAGCAUGUUUCCACAAAAACUGUCUUUGUAACCUUGUUUAUUGUAAGAUUAUUUGUGUUCUGAAAGCUUUGUUGUUUUAUCUACAUGCUUCAAAAUGCAAUAUAACUCAUGUCUUAAAUUGUUCCAUAUAUAAAGUGAGCUGGUUGAUUAAAUUUAAUGAGUUUGAAUUUGUUUUGUCUUGAUUGAUUCAAAUGUUCCCAGUACUUUUGUAUCAAGUCUGAAAGUACAAUAAACUAUAAAUCCACCCAUUUUGACAAAAUUAUGUCUUUAUUAAAUGAAUUCCUGUUGGUUUGUUUCCUAAAAGAAAAUGGAGGAUAAACUAUGUCAACCCCCUCACACAAAUGAAACACUGCAUAUAAUUAGGUGGCUUUGGUUCAUAUCCUUAUGUUAGAAAUGCUUCAAUUUUACUUAUCGAUUAACCAGAUCAAAAUGUUAGCAUAUGAAGGUUGAAAGAAGUUUAUUUUUUUAACAAAUUAAUUGUAAGCUUAUUGAUAGUAACAAAGAUUAUAAGUAGAUGAUAUAUUGUAGUAAUAGUUAGCAUGUUUCAUUUUCAGCAAUCAUUUUCCUUUUACCUAUUAGGUGGUCAUGAAUUUCUGCUGUCUAUAUAAUUUUAGUGUUUCCAAUUAGGUACAACCUUGGGAUACCUGUGCACUUUAGUUUGAAGGAAGUGGCUUGUAAUACAAGUCUGCAAUGGCCAGUGUCUGAUAUAUGGCAUUGAAUUAGUUAUUUUUCAUUCCCCUCCAUGUUUCACUGGCAUACAGGAUACUCAGAAUAACUCCUAUUUUGUUUUACCAUUAGACAUACAUUCUAUAUUCCAAGUGGAUGGGAAAUUCCAUGUCUUCAAUUAUGUCAUUGUGUUGGUGGCAGCAUUUGUCUGCUCAGUUUUUUCCCUUGGAAGUGCUGAUAUUAGGGUAUAUUCAUCUACUCUGUUCAAAUGUGUAAAAAAAUAUCAGUUUCCUACUACCUACAUAAAUGUCAAAGCAAAAAAAAAAAAAAAGAUAUUGAAUUAAUGUUAAGGAAUAUGGAAAUAUAUAGCUGUCAGGGUUACCUUGUUGGAAAAUCAUUGUAAUAUCUAUUAUUGAAUAUUUUAUCUCACCAUUUGUUCCAGUAUAUUUUACUUCAGCCUCCUCUUUAAAACAAUUUAAAACCCUAUGUGUAUCUUAUGGAAUAAUAAAUUAUGGUAUAUAUCUUUUGAAUAGGUGCAUAAUCAUAAUAAUGGAACAAUUUAUUUUUUUUAACUUGCAGUAUCCAGACAAUUUUUUUUUUUAAAUCUUUAAGUUCUGCACAUCCUUAUUUAGUUUCUAUUCUGCCUAAGUUUUGGUAUAUAAAAUCUAGGACUAUGUUGAUUGGCUGUCCACCCAGUGGCUUUUCUUCAGAUAAUGAUGGAAUUUAUUUUCUUCUCUGUUAGUAAAGUAAAAUAUAGUUUCCCUUUCAGACCUUGCGAUCUAUGGGGCAGAUGAUGUUAAUGUCAUCUGUUUUUAUGCCAAUGCUUAACGAGCAGGGUGUCUUGUGGCCAGCACAACGACCAACUGCCUUUACUUUUCGUUUUCCCAACUAAAGAAUCCCGAAUUUAAAAAUACCAGUCUUCACUGAGAUUUGAACCCAGGACCCCAGGUUUAGAAGCCAAGGGCUUAACCUAUUGGCCACCGCGCUUCCCCCUCUUCUCUGUUAACAAUUUUACAAAGCAGUCUAAGCAAACAAAUUAUAGCUUCAGGCUCAAGAUGUGUUAGAGAAAAUUUGUUAGUAAUAUUGAGAAUAGUAGCCGCCUUUGGAAUAGAAAUGCAAAUGCCUUAAAACAGAUUUAUAGACAUUUAUUUUUUUAUACAUUCAUAAAUACAAAGCCCUAUUUUUAUUUACAGUUCAACAAAACAUAUGAAUUAAUAAAAAAAAAAGUUUCACUGGUACAAAAGUAUAUUACAUAUCAAUCUAAAAUAAUACUUUAAAUCUUCUUUACACAUUACAGUUUUAUACAACAUAUAUAUAUAUAUUUAGUAUGUUUAAGUCACUUUACCCUUUAUUAAAAUUGGCAUAGCUUUUUUUUUUAAUAUCAUGUAAAAUGUUGCAUCAUUUGUACAGUUCUAAAUGAAAAUAUUGACAAUGUUACAAAUGUCAUUCUAAAUGAGGUGAAUUUGAUGAUUGGACUAAAUCUGGAAUGUUUACUCAUUGGAAAGAGUUCCACAAAACUUAGUUUUGUACAAUCAAAUGACGCUGUAUUCUCUAAUAAUGAAAUUAUGCCAGCUUUAUUCUUUAAGAAAAGUAAUUUUGAAAAUGUUUAUAAAUACAAUAGAAACCAAAUAUCAAUAAAUAUAUGGCUCCUUCUGCCUCCAUAUUCAAUGGAUGCCCUCAGAGUUUUCUGUUAAGGGCACAUUCCUCAGCCUUAGAUUAAAGUAUCAUGACCAUCUGUUCCAUUUCGGGACAUUGCUGGUAAAAUUCAAAGGAAUGCUAUACAAUAUAUGAGGCACCAGCCUAUUUGCAGGAGCUUUCAAAGGAAAUACCUUCAGCUAAUAGUCUUCACAGAAGUGUUCAAUGUUAAUGAAUACUAAAGUUUGGCCCUCACUUGUUUCAAAUAAAUAAAAAGAUGCUACAAAAA